UGUGCGAGGGAAACACCGUGCUGGGACUGCACGGCCGUGUUCGUGUGUGGAAAACCGGUAGCGUCCGUUGCCGGGUGUGUUGUGUUAUUUUUCUGUGGAUUUAGAAGAAAGCUGAUUGUUGCUUUCUGGAUAAAGGAGUUAAGGCAAAGAGGGAUUAACAAGUAGAUUACUUCAUAACAACUAGCGGAUAUUCCCGAUGACGACUAUUAAAGUAUAGGAUUAAGGAUUACAUUCAAAGGAUUACCGCUAACCCCAUAGAAAAAGGAUAACACCGUACCGGUCAGCAUGGCCUGCCCAGGUUUCAAUCCUGGCGCAGACAGGAAAAACUCCAGAGGAUUAACCCACCCACCGCUGAACACCUGGAACAUUGUGUGGAUUACCUGUGUGUUUGUGUGUGUGUUCGUGUACCCGUGCUGCGCCAUCACUUUUGACGGGGUGCGGGAGACCUACGCCAAGUACCCCAAAUGGGACGCCUGCACCAACGCUUCAAUCCAGUUCGACUUCAAGACCACCCAGCCCAAUGCCUUGUUGAUGUACACUGAUGAUAACGGCAGGUUCGAUUACCUGCAGGUGGCCUUGAUUGAUGGCACCGUUCAGCUCUGGAUUAACUUUGUCCGAGAGAACUAUCAGAAUGUCACAAUGACCUUGGGCAGGAACCUGAACAACGGCCAGUGGCACAACGUGCAGGUCAGGCGGAACCGGAUGGAGACCAUCAUGACGGUAGACAACAGUCAGGAGAGCAGGGUGGCGUUUGGGUCAGACUUCAGCUUCGGCGAGCACCUGGACACCAACAACUACGUGUACUUUGGCGGCCUGCCCCGGGACUACAACCAGAGCCUGUCCCAGAGCGUGCUACCCUCAAACCUCAGGGCCUCCGUCUUUAACGGGGAGAUGAGGAACGUCAUCUACUUCAACUGCUCCUGUCUGCCUGCUAGGGCGAAAAUGCUUGAAGGUAAAGGUGUACAGGACUACCCAGUGGAAAUUUGUGACGUAGACAACCGCUGCUCCAAGGAUUGUUUAUGUAUCAGUCAAGGCUCACAACCAGGAUGUAAUUGUGAUUACCGUGCAGAAUGCAUCAAGGACUUACUGGCCAGCUACCAGCUGCCCAUGGACAGUCUGGUCAACGAUGAGAUCGUCAACCCCUCGGGCCUGGACUCCCGGGUGUACGGCCUCCCCGAGCUGGUCCCCGGGGUGGUCAACAGCGCCCUCCAGAUCAACGGCCGCAGCCAGUGGGUCAGGGUCAGUGGGCCCAGCCACAAGGGCGAGUGUUUUGGUGACCUGUCCCGGUGUCCUAAAGGUUACUAUAUUGGAAUGUGGCUCCAGUUUGCGUCCAAACCCGAGGAGAAAGUUGUUUACAUGUCCAAUGGCGGCCAUAGUUCAGAAGGUCACGGUAUAUCAAUGAGCUACUCAAAAAGUGGACUGGAAUUUGUUUUCAAAACAAAAGAUGGCAAAGAGUGGCAAGUCCAGGACAACAGUGUUCUACCCAAUAGAUGGUACCAUGUCGCUGCUUCCUGGUCUAAUGAUAAAGGAUUAUUUUUGUAUGUUGACGGGAACCAGGUGGCCCACACCAAGGCCUCACGUAAAGUACCAGCAGCCAACAACAACUACCAGCAUAAAGAAUUUAUCAUUGGCCGCGCCACUGCCAGCGGUCCCACCAACUAUAACGGGAUCAUUACUGUGGACGAUUUUCAUUUUAUCUCAAGUUUCAAGACAGAGGCUGAGGUUAGGGAGGAAGGUCCUGCCUUUCAUUAUUAUCUCCCCAUGGAUAAAAUCAUGGACAACAAGAUGGAGAUGGUUGGUGGAUCUGCCCGUGUCCAUGGCAACAUUCAACUUGUGCCUGGCAAGAUCAGGCAGGCUGCCAGUUUCAGCAGCAGAGGAGAGUUCCUUGACCUUGGCGAUGCCACCAUGAAGUGCUUGGGGGAGUUUGAGAAGUGCAAACAUGGAUUCUACAUGUCCUUUUUUAUUAAGUUUGAUAGACUUGAGAGCAACAGGAACUAUAUCUUUAGCUCACCAUUUGGUCUAGAUGUCUACCAGUUUGGGACUGCUCUUGUAGCUGCUGCUCAGAAAGAACGCAGCACUUGGGAGGUGCGCUACAACCGCCUCGCGACUGGCGUCUGGCAUUUUGUAGAGGUCAGCUGGUCACCUACUUCAGGCCUGUACUUGUAUGUCAAUGGCCUUGACGUGGACAGACAGAUCAGGGAAAGGUCAACCCCGGAUUUAAAGUCAACAACAGAAAAGAAAGCUUUCAUUGGACGAGGCAAUGUGGCAUCACGCAAGGAGCAGCUAGACAAUGCUGUGGUGGAUGAUGUUAACAUCUUCUAUGGCAGCAGGGACAUGUUGCAGUCUAUUGGGUUCCUCAAGUCUGGUCGGCCCACUGGGUACCACUUUGACUUUGAGAGGGUGUCAGGCAACAGAGUUCUCCACGACUCCAUUCUGGUCAGCCUAGUGGGGUCACCAGAACACAUUGACGGGAAAGUGGGUCGCGCCAUUAAACUGGAUGGCGCCAACGACUACAUUGACUUCAACGACCACAAAUCUGAUUGCUUUGGUAACCUGGACCUGUGUUACCAUGGUGUCUUGUACUCUAUGUGGGUACGUCCUGACAGGCUGAAGGACAAUAUGUACCUUAUGUCAACAGGCAGCAAUGGCAUAACUCUCAGAUACAGGGGAAAAUCUUUAACCGCCACUGCCAACACAUCUUCUAAGAAAUGGGAGGUAACCACAACAAACCUAAGUGAAAACAAGUGGCACUUCCUUGAGGUGUCUUUCCACCCUCUCCGCGGCCUGAGUCUGUACAUAAACAAUGAAUUAACAUCUGAGGAUUCUUCUGCUGGUGCCAGAACUGACCCACCUUCUGGUUCCUAUGAUACUGACAGAUUUUACCUUGGACGUGGUAACAUAGAUAUGAGAGAUGGCAGAUACGCUGAAGCUACGUAUGAUGACAUGGAUAUGUGGCAGGCAGACAGAGAUUUUCUCACAUCACAUGGAUAUAUCCAGCGAAGUCGUCCCCACAGUUACCUGAUUGAGUUUGAAGAACUGUUGGAUGAGGACCGUUUGAUGCACUCAGAUUUGUCCAUCACAUUAUCUGGCAGACCAGUGCUAAUACCUGGCAAGGUAAACAAUGCCCUUCAACUGAGUGGGCGUGGCCAGUACGCUGACGUAGGUCGUAGAGAAGGUGAAUGUAUGAGCAAUCUGGCAUCAUGUACACAAGGGUUCACUGUGGCAGCAUGGAUGAGGUUCCGACGAUUUGAAAACAACAUGGUGUUUUUGUCAACUGGUGAGAAUGGUAUUCUAAUGAUGUACAAAGAUGGGUACAUCCAGGUCAGUGCUGAUGGCAGAGGACUUAUUUCCAUACCAAGACUGGAAACUGACCGCUGGUACUUUGUAGAGAUCACCUGGCACCCUGAGACAGGCCUGAAGCUGUAUGUGGACAAUGAGUUCCGCCAGGGGUCAGCCAGAGAUCAUGUGGACCCAAGCCGCUCAGGGCGUGGCAGCUUCUACAUUGGGUACCCUAACCAGGGCGAUGUGUACGGUAACAGAUACUCCACUGGUAACUUUGAUGUGGAUGAAAUGGAGAUUUGGUAUGGGAAAAGAGAAGACUUACUGGCUUUUGGAUAUAUUGACAGAGAUGAUUACAAUUAUUCUAAUACACAUAACCUGGGUUACGAAUCUUUCUCCUUCGACAAGAUCGACGGGCGCCAGAUCCCCCACACCAAGUACACCGUCCUCGUUGUUGGGGACGCUCGUGUCACGGGUGGACGCUUUGGCAAUGCAGUCCAGCUCAACGGACAGCGCCAGUAUAUAGACCUGGGAACACACUACCAGAAAUGUUUUGGUAACCUUGACCUCUGUACCCACGGUCUAACCCUGUCGUUUUGGUUGAAUCCACGAGAUCUUCGAGACGGCACCACUUUUCUUUCAACGCCAACGUAUAAACUUUAUUACAAAGACGGGCGUUUGAUUUCGGAUUUCCGGGGGAAGAGAAGAAAUUGGUCGACAACAUCGACGCGACUUCGCCCAGAUGAGUGGCAGAGAUUAACUUUGUCGUGGCAUCCGAAGAAAGGGUUGAGCAUGUAUAUUAAUGAUGAGACCGUGGACACUGACCAAAUAGGCGCUGACGCCCCACAGAGGGACGAGCCCCCCACCGAGCAUGUUUAUGUAGGUCGUGACCUUUACGAUGAUAGGAACACGGCUAACAUGCUGGCUGAUGAGUUGCAGGUGUGGUAUGAUGACCUUGAUCAGUUACGGGUCACUGGUCAGUACAGAGUUCAAGUGGUGCCCAUGACUAUUGUCUUUGACGAUUAUAGAAAUGAUGUUAUCCGUAUCCGUGACCGAGAUAUCCGAGGGUACGGAGGUAUAGAGGUGACAGAUGGUAAAGGUUACAACACUAAAGGCUUAUACCUGCCAGGUGUUAACUCUUACCUGGAUUUGGGAUCCAAUUUCACAUGUGGAGGUGACCUAUACAAGUGUCGUCAAGGUGUGACCCUAAGGAUUGGCCUACAGCCCAUGACCUUGAGGAAUGAUAUGGUUUUCUUUGAUUCCUUCCCCAUCAAGCUGUACUACAGAGACGGCCGCCUGCGGGGUCAGUUCCAGACUGGCAACCAGGUCUGGAAUGUGGAGUCAGCUGAUUUCAAGGCUGGUUACUGGCAGAGGGUCGAGUUAACCUGGCAUCCAAAAGAGGGUCUGGUCAUGUAUAUAGAUGGACGCAGGGUGGAUUAUGAAACUUACCCCUCGGAGCAGUCCGUGCAACAAACAAACGACUGGAGGACUUUAUUCGGACGUUCAUUGCAGGGUGGCAAGACUCAUGCCAGUACCAAAGUGGAUAGUAUUGAGUUAUGGACAGCCUACAGGGACUAUGUACCUGAGGAUCCUUACCUAAAUAUUGUUGUGGCAACUCAACGUCCUAUUGUUGUGGACGAGCGGCCGGUAAUUGACAUAGAUGGGGAUUACCAAAGAGUAACCAUUCAUGGCAAUACAGAAGACAUAGGUGAGUUGCCCAGCAUGGUACACACAAUAACAUUAGCCAUUUGA